CUUUCUUACGGAGGACGCAGGAAUUUAACUUCAAACUCCAACACCCCAAGCUGGAAUAGUGUCGUGCCAAUCACUACGCCACCGUGGCACCCAGUGACUGCUAGGGUUUCCUCCGGAUGCUUCGGUUUCCUCUCACCGUCCAAAGACGUGUGGGGCAGUAGGUUAAUUGGUCACAUGGGCAGUGUGGGCUCGUUGGGCUGGAACAGCUUGUUACUGUGCUGUAUCUCUAAAUCAAUAAAUAAAUACGUGGGAGAAUUUCAGCUCAAAAUUCUUCUCACUGCUUGGCAUAUCACGUUGGGAAAGCAUGAAAAGAGUUGCCGCGGUGGGAGUGGGAUUUGGAAGCGGCCAGCGUUCAGUCCAGACUGGAAGGACAGUGGCCUGUGAUGGAAGGAUGGUUUGGUAUGAGGCAGGGGCUGGCCGGGCUGCGAUCUCAGCCCCUGCAGGGGAAGGUGGCACUGGUUCAUCUUCUCAACAAAACCGAAAGAAAGGUGAGGGUAGUGUAUUAUAUGAAGGGCUUCCUGAAGCACUUUAAGGCAGCAAACUACAUUUGAGUUGGAAUCUGAAGGCCCUUGUUUCUGGGCCAUGUUACUCUGUGACUCUGAGUAGGUAAUAUGAUAAGGACCAUGUCUUCUAUUUUAAUGGUGUUAGUUGAGGGAAAAGCAUGGCCCAGGCACGUUGCAAACAAGCUGUUGGAUCACUCUUCUUCAGAGCACUGCCCGGGAACUGAUUACAGAUGACAGAACAACCUUGCUGUAACAUUUUGUCCAAAAGAGUGUCCCUCUGACAAUGCGCUCUCUCCGCAGAACUUUUCCUCUGACAGCGUAGCACCUCCUCGGGUGUGUCUACUACAGAAAGGUGGUCUCUCAGUAACUUUCCUCCCAUAGUGCAGUGCUCUCUCACUACAGCCCCUGCCACAGUGUGCUGCUCCCUCAGUGCUGGCCUGUGUGAUCCUCCUCAGUAACACCCCUCCCUGAUGAACUCCCCUCCCACAAGGUGACCCUCUGUCAAUACCUCCUCCUACAGAGUCCCUUCCUGAGUACCAUCCCUCCUAGUGACCCUCCCAUAGUACCUCGCCUCACCAGAACCACCCAUCCCACAUGGGCCUCUCUCAUUCCCACCCCUGCAACAGUGAGACCCUCCCUCAGUACCAGCCCUCCUACUGUACAGCCCCUUGCACAGUGUGACCCUCCAACAGGAUGGCACUCCCUCAGUACCACCCCUCCCAUAAUGUGACCCUCCCUGGGUGCCACUGUGUGGUGUGAGGCUGGAAGCCAUGUCCUUCAGGUUUAACAUAACACCACUGUGCAGUGCCAGCUCUCUGCAGUGUUACCGUGGUUCCGCUGUUCUCAUGUGGCCUUGAGAUAUUUUGGUUCAGGCUGAGAGUGUCUCUGAAAACAACACCAGCAGCUGUCUGCUUGUUAAGGCUUGAAUUUCGCUGCCAUUAACCUGUUAUGGUUUAUAGCUGUGGGACUGAACAGCCCAAUCUCUCUCCCUCUGAUGCAGCUGACUCACCCUCUAAUUGCAGUGAGUGGGGAGGGGCAGGCACAGAUCUGCCGUGAAAUGGUGACUGCACCUGCUGCAGUAUUGAUGAGCACGCAGGGCUGGGCUUUGCGCCGAACGCCUUCAGAGACGCUGGUGCAGUCACCACAGAAGCUGCUAGAAAUGUUCACGGGGUGAGCCCCAGGCAGACGCAUAAACAGCAGGGUCCGUGUUACAGGUGAGGGCUGCCUUGCACUGAUAAACACAAGAUGCUGGAAAUCCAGAGUAACACACACAAAAUGCUAGAGGAACUUAGCAGUGUGAUGUGACUGAGGGGAGAUGGAGGGGAGGCACCUACAAACGGGAUGAUCCUGGCUUCCAAGAGGAAUCUGACCGGAUAGACAAAGACACGCCUGAGUGGAGUUGACCCUUCACUCCCCCCCUGAACCCACCACCCCCAACCAUCCCCCACACCCACCCCGCCCCAACCCCGGUCUCUCCCACCCAGUGUCCAGUCUGCGGAGCGUGUGGAAAGAAUGAGCUGGCUGAGUAGGCUGAACCCCAGGAGCAGCGGGAACAGGGCGACCCCUUCCACACGACAGCAGAGCCCCGUUACUGCCGACCCUGAGACCUGCUUCAUGGUGUUUAGAAAUCACUGGGUCCAGGUGAGCCGUAUCUUGGAACAGCGGGACCCACGGACGGCGGAUGAGGUGAGCGCCGUGCGCAACCACACUGACCAGAUGGUGUACCUGCUGGCAGAGGAGCGGGCGCCCGAGGUGAGAGGAAUGGGGCCCAUCCUUGAGCUGGUGAUACUCGAGGACGUGCUGGACCGGCUACUGUGCUGGACUCUGCGGCGGCAACCUGAUGAUACCGGCAAGAUGGAGCAGCUGAAGCUGUUUGACCUGCUGGUCAGCCAGUCACAGCAGCCCCUCCUGCGGCACAAGCCCAUUCUCAACGCCCUGACGAGGCUGUUGGGGGCAUGUACAGAGCCACGCUCUCCGUCCCUGGAAAACAGCCUCGUGCUCCUCCUCAAUCAGGUGUGUGUGUCACUCUCCAAGGAGCCUUCCGUCCUCGAGCUCUUCGUCCACACUGAGGCUAGCCAGCGCCCCGCCAACCUCCUCAUCUUCUCCAUCCUUGUGCCAUUCAUCCAUCGCGAGGGCCUAAUCGGGCAGCAGGCGCGCGACGCGCUUCUCCUCAUCAUGGGAAUGUCUGCCGGCAGCAGCACCGUGGGCAGCUACAUUGCCAACAACUCCUACUUCUGUCCUGUGCUUGCCACAGGGCUGAGUGCACUAUACUCAUCGCUGCCGCGGAAGAUCGAGGUGCGGGGGGAUGACUGGCACGCACUGCGCCGUGAGGACUGGGUCGGCGUUCCCUCCAUUGCUAUGUUCAUGAACUCGCUGGAAUUCUGCAAUGCUGUAAUCCAGGUUGCUCAUCCUCUGGUGCGUAACCAGCUGGUCGAAUACGUCCACAAUGGGUUCUUGGUGCCUGUCAUGGGGCCUGCCCUCCACAAGAGCUCCAUCGAGGAAAUGAUCGCCAGCACAGCCUACCUGGACCUUUUCCUGCGCAGCAUCACUGAGGUGGCUUUGCUGAAAACCUUCCUGCGCUUCAUUGUGCUGCACCGGUAUGAGGGCAGCACGAUCCUCGACACGCUGACCGGCCGAAUCAACAGCAACUCCCGGCUCUGCAUGGUGUCUCUCAGUCUCUUCAGGACCCUGCUCACUCUCAGCUGUGAGGACGUCAUGCUGCAGCUCGUUCUCAGGUAUCUGAUUCCAUGCAAUCAUGUGAUGCUAAGCCAGCGGUGUGCCGUUAAGGAUCAGGAUUUCUACGGGAAGACGGCCGAUAAGUUCCUGUCCCUGAUCCCAGAAUGCUGUAAGCCUGAAAACCUGGGCUUCUUCGAGAGGGAGGAGGAACACGCAGUGUGGUCUAAAGCCCACGGGAGCCCGAGUAUUGACACGUCCACAGUGAUGACUGCCGUGCCAAAACCCUCGACCCCCUCACGCAUCUCCCUCUUCUCGCGACAGCAGAGCAUGGGCUCGGAUGGAGGGAUUCCCCCCCGGUCACCCGGCGAGGCUCCGAGCGACCCCACCACCUGCAGCCCCUCCCACAGCCGAUGGGACGAGGUGUCCGAGCUGGACUCCAACUACCUGGAGUACUUGCGGGACGCCCGCAGGCAUAUCGACCUCUGCGUCAAGGCAUGUGGCAGGUGGUCGGCUCCGUACGAUGGCCAGGAACCGGAUCCCCUCUCCGCUCAGCCCCUCCCAGAGGAUGUCGACACCAUCCGCCUGCACAUGGACCACUUCGGAGCGGAUCGGACCCGGACCAGCUCUGUCCCGGGGCAGGGCCAGCUCAGAUCGGACCCCUUUGGCAGGAGGGAGCCCCUGGAAAAUGGGGACUGGGUCAGUACCACGCCACGCAGUAAGAAGCGCAGUCUGCGGAGGGAGAGGGUGAAGGCUGCCCCCUCUAAGGGCAGAGGGCUGAGGCCCAACAGAGACCAGCUGGGCAGGGUGCACGCAGAGGGCAGGGUCUCCCUGCUGAACGGCGAGAGCAGCAGUGGCCCGGGUCUUCCUGGGCGGGCUGACAACUGCCUGGCGGUGAAGAAGGUACGGAGAGACAGGCCCCAGCGAAGCCACCCCAGGAGGGAGGUGACCGGCAGCCAGAGCGGGGUCCCUUGUGAGCCCCACAUAUCAUUGGCGGAGGGUGGGGAGGAGGAGGGCCGGGCAGGGAGCAGGCCCGGCCUGGACACACUGGCAGGCGGCAAGUCCCUCGACAGCCUGAUUGACGAGCUACUGGACCAAGCUCCCGCGGAAGCCAACGGCAGAGGCCUCAACGUGGAGAAGUUCUCCCAGGAACUGCUGGAGAUGGAGGCCGAGAUGGGAGGCUGGCAUCGGAUGGAGGAGAAGGUUGCCAGCGGAGGGGACCCACUCACUGAGGAGGAGGCGGAGGAUGAGGACGGAGAGGAAGAGGAGGACGAGGACGACAGUUACCAGCUGGUCCCCGGGAGUAGGACUUUAUCAAGAGUCCAGGCGCAGGUGCCUGUCAGCGGCCAUCUCCCUGAGCCAGCACAGGACCUGCCCUCCACAGGUUCGUUCAUUGCUGUGCUCUUCGCCAAGCUGGAGAACAUGUUGCAGAACUCGCUCUAUGUGAAUUUUCUGCUCACCGGGAUCAUCGCUCAGCUGGCCUGCUACCCCCAGCCCCUGCUCCGCUCCUUUCUACUCAACACCAACAUGGUCUUCCAGCCUAGUGUCAAGUCCCUCAUCCAGGUCCUUGGGUCAGUCAAGAACAAGAUCGAGGUGUUCGCCGCAUCGCAGGAGGACUUCCCCAUGAUGUUGUACAAAGCCAGGAAAUACUUAAUCGCCCGCGGGAAGCUGGAUUGGUCUGACUCCCCCAACUCGGUGCCCCCACUGCGACGCUCCGACAGCUUGGCAGUGAAGAGCCGGAAGCCGUCGCUGGGGGAGCUGAUCCUGCGCCACACCAACAGUCCAACCAGAGCCCGGCAAGCCGCCCAGCUCGCCCUGCAGCACGUCCGCGAGGGUCAGGUCCUGCACACACUGACUGGCAGCUCCAUCUUCAAGAGCUCGGCCGAGAAACAGAAUGAGGCCCUCCGGGUGAAGAAUGCCGUGUACUGCUCCCUCAUCUUCUCUGAGUUCCUGAAGGAGCUGGCAGCCAUUGCUCAGGAACAUGCAGUCACCUCACCCUUUCUGCUGGAAGACAGGGAGGAGUGAGGGAGCCGAGGGAGAGGCAUGGCUCCACUCCCCACCAAUGGACAGGACACCCGGGUCAGCACUCCGAACCCCAUCCCACAGAAUUCUUCAGCAGCACCUUGGAUCAGAAUGUAUCACUCGAUCCUCUCCAUCAGUGUCCACGGAUCCUGGCUGUUUGAGGUUCCCUCCUACACACACACAAACACACAGACACACACACACACACACACACACACACAUCUCUCUCUGGGCAUAGUGCAAGCAGGCACGCCCCUCUGCAAGUGGGCUGUCCACAGAGGGAGAGAGAGGGGCAGUGUUGGACAGCCCUUGGGGAGGACGGGUGCUGCAUUCCCACAUACACUCUAUCGAUGAUGUAAGGCAGAGAUUACUGCCAUGUAAAUAUUGCAAUAUUUUUAUAAGAAAAAUUGGUUUA